AGUCGGUGCACAAACCAUUUUUUUAUAAUCUUCUAACACAUACUAUUACAUAUACAUAUAGAAUGGGAGAGGGAAAGGGGUCAUACAUACAAACCCUUGAAGUUCUCUCAUUCAUUCAUCAUUUAUUUGCCAAAAGGUUGGGAAUUCAGAGCUACUACAUAUCAACACCUGAUUUCCAUAUUUAUAUCAACACAUAAAAUUCCCAUAUAGCCAAUAAAGAAGAUGACGACCAUAGAGAUGCAAGUUCACAUGGACUGCCCUGGAUGUGAGAACAAGAUUAGGAAAGCUCUUCAAAAGCUAAAAGGAGUGGACGAUAUAGAUAUUGACAUGGGAAUGCAAAAGGUGACCGUGACCGGAUGGGCUGACCAGAAGAAAGUUCUAAAGACAGUCCGAAAAACUGGAAGGAGAGCCGAACUAUGGCAACUCCCACACAACCCAGAAGAUUACCUCUAUCAUAACUACAACACCAACAACCACUACUAUCAUCAACACCAUUACGGCGGUCUGGUCACCCACCAUGCUCCCCAACCAUCUUCUUCUUACAACUACUACAAACAUGGAUAUGAUUACGGUGGUUACUAUCAUCAAGCUCCUGCUGCUCAUUCCACCAUUUUUGGACACCAGCCUGGUGCAACUUUCAGUGAUGAGAAUCCUCAUGGCUGCUUCAUUAUGUGAUUGUUCGUUAUAUUAGCCAAGAUAUGUUUCACAGAGAAACCGUUCUUUUUCUUUUUUCUUUUUUUAUAAAUAAAAGGUGAAAAGCACCAAGUAUAUUUUUUAUGCAUUAGAUUUUUUGUAUUUUGCAUUCAGUAAUUGAUAAGUUUGCUUCUAUAAUGAUAUUUAAUAAAUGGUCAGAUUUCAAUGUAAUGGUGAUAGUGGUAUUACAAUCCAUUCCACCAUGUAAUUGUAAUCACAUAUUCAACUUAUCUCACUAAUUGAAACUUAUAU